AGACCAUUCUAGAACUUUUGUGACACAAUCGAAUAGCCACUUUACUCCCACUUUCGUCUUCAUCCGAGAACGUAGGUUUCCUGUUCAUGAUCUCUUUCUAAUAUUUCACCUUAUACUUGCUGGUCCUCAACAUAUGAGAUUUUCUUGAGGGUUUUGGAAUAAAACUUGCAUCAGUUAUCAGCCAAACAAAAUGACUACUUCUAAAGAAACCAAAUUGAGCAUGAAGCUUUUGAUUGACACCACGGCUCGCAAAGUCCUAUUUGCUGAGGCUGAAAAAGAUUGUGUUGAUUUCCUCUUUCACAUUCUCUCUUUGCCAGUGGGAACUGUCACUAGACUUCUUAAGGAGAAAGAAAUGAAAUGUGGAUGCUUGCCUAACCUCUACGAAAGCGUCGAAAAUCUUAAUGACAAGUACAUUCAAUCGAACCAAUGCAAGGAUAUCCUUUUAAAACCCAAAUCUUCAGUUGGGAAUAUCACGUCAGUUCCUUUUCUAUUGCUUAAUGACGUUCCGACACCUGAGAGGAGUUUCUAUUGUUGUUCCUACAAUAGUGGUCACUAUACUGUUUCUGAUGACCCUAGUGCUCUAUGUCCUACUUGUCAGUAUAGUAUGUCAAGAAAGUUGACGUAUGUUGCUCCGCCGGAUUCAAAGGAAGCUGAGGCAGCUACUGGUGGUUUUGUGAAGGAUGUAAUCACAUGUAUGGUGACGGAUGACUUAGUGGUUAAGCCCAUGUCCACCAUUUCUAGCAUUGCCCUUCUCAACAAGUUUAGUGUCCGGGAUAUUGCUGUGCUGCAGGAGGAAGUAGUAAGUAUUGGAAUGGAAGAGGCGCUGGAGUUGCUGAAAGCAUCUUUCGAGUCGAAAACAGUUCUGACAAGUGUUUUCAUGAGCCGCAUAAAAAUGGAGAAAUAGUCAUAAGAGAAAAUGGAAUUGGGUGUUUCAGUUGAGUAAUUGCCUUAAGUAGUAGUGGUUUUCUUUUGUUUCAUUCCCGCUUGAGUUGAUUCUGAUUUGUAGGUUCAUCUAUUGUUAAAUCGUACUUAUGUAUAGCUUGAGCUUCUUAUGUCCUCUGUUUUCAUCUUGUGUUACAGAGCAUAGCUCCCUUGCGCUUCCACAAUAGUCGCUAUGAGUAGCCAUUGGAAGUUUGUAAGAGUAACCUUGAACAUCAUUGUUCAGCCACUUAAGUUGCUCAGAUUUCGUGUCUGUUUAUCCACAAUGCAAUUCCUAUGGUUUGGUUUUGACUUCAA